AUGCGCCUCAACAUCUGGGUUCCUCCGCUAAUACUAGCCUUCUCUAUACCAAUUGCCUCCGGCUUCUCACCGCGACAGUUACCAAACGAGCCCACUGGAGUGAAAACCAUUAAAACAGCAAACAAUGUUACUAUCCGCUACAAGGAGCCCGGGAAGGAAGGUGUCUGCGAAACGACCCCGGGUGUCAAAUCUUAUGCAGGAUAUGUUGAUCUUGAUUCUUGUCAAGAUGGGCAUGAGGAUUAG